GGGAGUUAGAGAAAGACAAAAAAUGCAAUAUAACUGGCUUUACAUUAGCCUAUGUAGUUGCCUUUAGUAGUGAUAUUUAUACCUUCAUAGGGCUUCAAGUUACUGUCUAGUGAGUGACCUUUUAUUUCAACACAAAAGACAAAAAAAUGCUUUCAGCUUUUGUUUAUCUGAGGUUUUCUUCAACUCUCUUUCAUUUUUGAAGGAAAGUUUUGCUGGAUGCAGAAUUUUUGGUUAUUUUUUUCCCCUCUAACACUUUAAAUAUGCCACCUCACUGUCCUCUAUGCUACAUAAUUUUUGAUGAAAAAUUGAUUGUUAAUCUCAUGAGGAGUCCUUGCAUGUGACAAGGUGCUUCUCUCUUACUGUUUUUAGUGUCAUCUCUUUGUGUUUGUCUUUUUACUGAUUAUAACGUGCCUGGAUCUCUCUCUGAGUUUAUUCUACCUAAAGUAAAAAGUUCAGAUCUUGUCAGGUCUUUUAUGAACAUGCAUCUUGCCCUCUACUUGUGUGUGGUCUUCUAAAUUCCCCAGUAUACAAGGUGCUUUUAAAUCCUCUAUUUUCUCAAAGAAAAUUUCCCCAACUUUCCCUCUGAGGCUUUAGAUAGUCUAUUGUGUGUCUCAACAAUAAUCUUCUGCUCCAGGUGGCUGCAGGUUUUUUGUAAGCAAAAACCGGUGUGAGCGAUGCCCACUGCUUUUUUAGCCUGAAUGAGUUUUGUGUUGGGUGAAACAGACAAGCAGCCACGUUAAUCUUUCAGGUAGCCCCUGACAGAUGAGAACAGACACGCAUAAUACUUUGUAAAUAAGGUCUGUUCUCCUAUCUCUAAAACCAGAGACUAGAGUCCCACACUGAGAACAUAGAUUGUCAUUUUCAAGAUUGCUGCUGAGCUGGGGAGAAUGUGAACAAAGGUAAAUAAAAAUACCACCAAGCUUUCCUAACAUUUUUAAGUUGCCUUUUUCUUGAAUCAGUGUUUCUUUAGUUGCUAUAAGUCUUUUUUUUUAAUUAAAAAAAUUUUUUUAGGAGGGGAGGUGUUUGGUUUAUUUAUUUAUUUUGGGGGGAGGUACCAGGGAUUGAACCCAGGACUUCGUGCAAGCUAAGCAUGGGCUCUACUUCUUGAGAUAUACCCUUCCCCCAACUAUAAGCCAUUGAAUGUGUUCCAGAGUUCUUACAGUUAGAUCUUCUUGUUUUGUAAUGUUUCUCUGGAGGGACAGGAGCUUGGAGCUGCAUAGUCCACCAUGCUGCUCAGGUCACUUGCCCAUCCCUGGUCCGUGGGUUUUCGAUGUGUAUCUUGGAAUUGUUUUUGAUGCCUUCUCCUUGGUAUCUUAGGCUCUAUGAGGUAAAUGGAAUUAGAGAGAGACACAGAAAAGGACAGGAAGUUGUUUUGAACUGUUUUGUGGUAAAAACAGGACUUGGGACCUGGGAGGAAGACAGUCUGGGUGCUGAGAGACUCUUGACAAGUGAGAUUUCAAGUUUGACCAUUAAAAAAAAAACAAAACUUUGAAGAGUUCUAAAAUUUGAUUAGCCUCAGGAGAGAAGGGCUGAAAGUUUCUCUGGCUUUCCCUUGACUGCAUCCCUCGGGUUUCCCUGAACUUGGACAGAUUUAGUUCCUCAGUAAGUCUCCCUGGGGACACAGGAAAGAGGAAGAAGGAGGGAGAAAGUCCCCAGGGCACUAUCACUACCGGACUUUCCCUAACUGCUGGUGUGAGCGGUUCUCUCCUGCACUGAGAGUGAAGACGGCAGCAGCUUGCUCUGGCCCACGGAGCAUGCUCAGCGCUAGUCAGACAGGAGGCAGCCUGGGCCGAGGCCUGGGGAGCCAUAGAGCUUUCCAGGCCAGUGCCCUCCUCUGGAAGUGGGUAGCUUUCAGGAGUUCCCCUCUGUGAAGGAGAGAGUAGGAGGGGAUCAGGACAGGAAGUUGUGGGCCUGGCUGAUGUCUCGAACAAGGACGCCUACAGCCUGAAGGAUGGGCUCAUCUCCAAACUCCCCUGCACAGCAGAGAACAGAUUCAGCCCUUCCCUGGCUCAAUGCUGGAUGUAGGCACAGCUCCUUGCUAUGGUUAGGAGCCUCCUCUCUUUCUUUCUUUUCAUUUGGUCCUGGCUAAACAGAAAUCGUGGAAGGCAGACUACUGAGUUCUCCCAGCAGAAACUACCUUUCAUAAGGGAUCUUGAGAGAGGACUGCAUGUUGACAGGGUGGUGUUUCAGUGAAGACAGAAGGGUGGUUUGCUUCAAAAUUGGCCAAAUCCAGGACUAGGUAAGCUUUGUCCAUAGAUUUUUUUCCCUUUAUUGAUUGAGUCACUGAUCAUUCGUUCAAAAAUAUUCAACAAGUAUCAGAAACAGUAAACAUGUAGGACAAAAUUUCUGCUUUCAUUAUAAAAUAGAGAUUGAAAAUAAACAAAAAGUAAGCAUAAUUUUCAAUGAUGAGAGCUGAGAAGAUAAAUACAUCCUAGUGAGGUGAGAGAAAGCAAAGGGCGGUAUGUUCUCUUCAGAUGAUGAAGGAGGGCUCCCGGAGCUGGGCACUUGAGCAAAGGCAUGAAGGAAGUGAGGGAUGGAGCCCAGAUCCUACGAGUUUCAGGUCCUUGGGUCUACUUCAUGUCAGUGACAGCUGAAUUACUACUUUUCUAUAUGAUUUUGGAGGAAAAACUUGAUUGUAGAAGGAACAUUGGCUCUGGGGAGACUUUCUGAACUUUCUGUUAAACUGAGCCUGUGACCACUUAUAUGUAGGGCCUGGGCUGGACCAAGAGUUCACAUCUGGUGGCCUUAACUCCCUGCUGGAUCUAGGGUUUUGAGCUGUCAUGAAGGCAGGGGAUGUUGAAAUUGAACCUUUAGUCUGUUGUCUCCCAGUCCCAGCGUGAGGGUCCCAGUAGGAGGUCGAUGUGGGAUAGGUGGAGAGUGAGGCUGGGAACUCCUCCCGUGCCCUCCUCUACACACUCCUCCUGUGAAUCUGGUGAUUAGUGGUAUCAGAGUCUGGGAGAGAGAGGAUUCUGACUGCCUAAGCCCAGGUGCUGGUUAGUCUGCGUUUUAUUAGAAGACACAUUCACAGAAGAGCAAAGCAAAGCAGACUUUCACUUCCAAGAAUAGAGUGGAAGAAAGUGGUAAUUCAGCUAGGCAACUAGCUGACCAGAAGACUGAGGAAGACUCUGUCCUUGCCCUCAGUCUCUUACAGAAAAUCCUCAAAGCGAUUCCUACCUCCAUGCCCACAGUGAUGCCAAUGAUGAUAGACAUGAAGGAGAAGCUUUAAAACGAAUAUAGUGCAAAGGGACUCUAUGUCAUGAAAAAGUAAACACAGAACCAGCUCUGGGUAGGACUGGGCAGGAAAACUCUUCUAUCCUGGAGCAGACUCAGAGGACAGAAUGCAUGUGGUGGAGCAGGGAGUUUCAUUCCAGAUGGAAAGGAUGUAGUGGUCAAAAGGAGCACCCUGUUGUCAGGAGGUGGACUGGGUGCCUUUUCAAGACCAGAGUGGGAGGCAGGGUGACCUGUGGAUUGAGAUGCGGGUCAUGCAUGCUGGACCGGGGGCUGGCUGUCUCGCCUAUGGCAUAGCUUUGGUGACUGGGCUCAUCUUGGUCAGAUUCAGUGUUCUUCAUAUAUCGUGUAUAUUCUAAAAAAAAUAAUUAGCCCUGACCAUGCUGGGGGAACAGCAGAGCAUGAACCCUUCCUGGUCAUGUUCUGGAGGCUGUCAAUAGGAGGGGAGUCAUUUCUCUACCCGGAACUGUUUCCACUUUUUGAGAUCAGUGAUAGUGUUAUCUCUCUUUUGUUCUCUAGAUUUCAAAAGGAACAAGCACUCAAAACUAAAUGUUGGGGAAUUACUCUGGUGCCACUGAAUUUUAUCUCUUAGGCUUCCCUGGCUCUCAAGAAUUACGCCAUGUAUUGCUAGCUACCUUCAUCCUUUUCUACUCAGUGACAGUAAUGGGAGACACAGUCACCAUUGUGAUUGUCUGUGUUGAUAAACGUCUGCAGUCCCCCAUGUAUUUCUUCCUCGGUCACCUCUCUGUCCUAGAGAUCCUGAUCAUAUCUGUUGCCGUCCCCUUGAUGCUCUGGGGAUUGCUGCUCCCUGGGAUGCAGGCAAUAUCUUUGAUAGCUUGUGGUGUACAACUAUAUCGGUACCUUUCUUUGGGUACAUUAGAGUUUGCAUUACUGGGAGCGAUGGCCGUGGACCGUUACGUGGCUGUGUGCAGCCCUUUGAGGUACAACGUCAUCAUGAACAGCCGCACCUGCAACAUUGUGGUGACUGUGUCGUGGGUGUUUGGGUUCCUUUUUGAAAUCUGGCCAGUUUAUGCCACAUUUCAGCUUUCCUACUGCAAAUCAAAUAUGGUAAACAAUUUUUUCUGUGGCAGAGGGCAGUUGCUCAAACUGUCCUGCAAUGAUACCUUCAUAGAGUUUAUCCUCUUCUUAAUGGCUGUUUUCGUUCUUUUCGGUUCUUUGAUCCCUACAAUUGUCUCCUACACCUACAUCAUCUCCACCAUCCUUAAGAUCCCCUCAGCCUCUGGCCGCAGGAAAGCCUUCUCCACAUGUGCCUCCCACUUCACCUGUGUGGUGAUCGGCUACGGCAGCUGCUUGUUCCUCUACGUGAAGCCCAGGCAAACCCAGGCAGCCGAUUACAACAGGGUUGUUUCCCUGAUGGUUUCAGUAGUGGCUCCUUUCCUCAAACCUUUCAUCUUCACCCUCCGAAAUGAAGUCAUAGAGGCACUUCGAGAUGGAGUGAAGCGCUGCUGUCAUCUGUUCAGGAACUAGUCUUGCCUUAAGGCAUAUCACUUCUUAAUACCUUCUGGAUUCUAGAAUGAUUUGAAAAGUACUUAUCUCUGUGUUGCAUCAUAAUCAUCAUCAAAUAAUCUGUGUGCAACAGAAGCCUUUUAAGUUACGGUAGUUUUCCAGAAAUUGACACAGCAUUGUAAACUGACUAUACUUCAAUGCAAAAGAAUGCAAAUUUAAAAGAAGUAAAAGAAAGAGAUGAUAAGUAAGAAUAAGCCCAAAUACUAAUGUUUAUUAUGUACAUAUGUAUGGUAGAAGAUUUACAUUUCAAGUUUUUACUGUCUUAUAAGAUGAUCGCUGCUUUUUUUUUUAAGGUUAUGGUAUAGUUUUUAACUGUAGCUUUAAUGAUAGGUUGUUACUUAAAAAUUCACUUUAUAUAUGUGUAUAUACUUUUCUGAAGUUGUGAUUCAUUUCAAAAUAAAACAUUUAAAAAUUAAAUUUAAAAUAAAAUAUGUCAUAUCUAGAUUUUUGAAUGGGAAAGGCUAAGAAAAAUAUUCUCUGACUCCAGAAAUGAAUGACUACUUGAGUCCAGGUUCUUGAAUCAUCGUCCUGUAAACUGCCCUGUGUUUUGUGUCCUCUGACAGCGUAAAGCUUCCUGUUUCUUCUGUGGCUCAAACAUACUCUCUUGAUUUCCUGUCCCAGAGUCCUGUUGCUUUAGUAAUUCUCUGCAUAUUUUCUUGGUGGCAAAGUUUAGAGAAUGAACUCACUCCACAGUCUGGACUCGUUUACAGUUGCAGAGGUGACUUUCUAAAAUACAGAGACACCUCUAAUCUGUGGACUUCCUCAGGGUGUGGGAGGAAGGGCUAAGGAAGGAGGUGUUUUCUCAGCUGAUGGCACCCGUGUUGUGCUGCUGCCACAAGGGAGGUGGGGCCGUGGAGCUGCUGUGCCGGGAGCUGGAGUGGCAGAGACAGUGGCCUUGCUGGGUGGCUGGGCUGAGGGGAGUGCAGAGCGUGGGGGCAGAGGCAGCCUCUGUCCCUCUCUCUGCAUUUCUCACGUUCUUCAGUCCUUUCAAGGUCACUGAUGCCUCAUCCCUGUUCCUGUCCCCUUCAUUUGUUCAUCCUCUCCUGGCCACUUGCCUUCCUGGGUCUCCUUCUGUGGCACCAGGUCUCCAGUUCACUUCUGGGUACUUUUCCUUCCCCCCUCACAACCCCCAACUUCACUGUGUUAUUACCCAGCUUUCCACAGAGAUGUCCUCGUGUCUCCUUUCCAGCCCUGCCCACCUCACUGUUCCCCUGGUCAGCCGCCCACCCCCACCCUAGUCUCAAUCAGUGCUUCCAUUUAUGUCAUUAGCACAACUUUAUCCACUGUGGAAUUUUUGUCGUAACAAAAUACUGAUAACUGAAUGUGCUAUCGAUCAACAAUGAGUUAAAUAACUUGCAUUUCAUCUGUGUAAUGAAAUAUUACGCAGCUGUAAAAAGAUUUAAGAAACUUUCUUUAGUGAUUACAGAUGAUCUCUCAGCUAUAUUGUUAACUGAGAAAAGCAAAGUACAUGGAAUUUAGUACUCAGCCUUUCGUGUAAGAAAGGAAUAGAGAUGAGUACAUAUUCAUGUUUGCUCGUGUCUGCUUGUGGGCGCUUCCUAAGAAACUAAUACGUGUAGGAUUGCGGUGGUGAGAGUCAGCAGGCAGACUGGGGAAGCGAGCAAGACUUCACUGUAUGCCCUUCAAUAUAUUUUUUAAAAUUAUUUUUGAAACCGUGUGUAUGCAAUGCCUAUGAAAAAUAAAAUAAU